AUGUUCUGCUUCGCUUCUUCGGUACUCAAUUCUCAACAAAUUUACUUUCUCCUCAAUUCCCGCACACGCAAUCUCCGGAUUUCACAGGAGCAGGCGCUUCUUCUGACUUGCGGCGUGCAAGCCGCGCAGGUGCUCUGGAACUGGUGUUUUUCUGUUGUUGUGCUCAGCAAUUUUGUUAUUGUCAUUGCUAUCGUGCCUGCCAACCACGAUUCAACAGUGAGUGAUGUGUCUGUCCCGUGUUCGGAAUCGUUGCACUUUGCCAUAAAUUGUAUGGACUCUGGUUCGACGACAACAAGCCGUGGUGUUUCGCGACCACGCACAUCUACCAAUGAUGGACGGCAUUUUUUGGAACGUGUGCCUGCCGCAGCGUGCACACUCCAUGUGCAGGAUGACCACCGAGCCCGUAACAGAAACAACAGCAGCAUGCACGAAACCCAUAGCCUGGCUCGCACCAAAAGGAUUUUUGUCGGGGGCCUUCUGUCCACAAUCACUAAAAGCGACGUGAAGAAAUAUUCCAGCCAAUUUGAGACCAUAACUGAUGUGGUCGUGAUGUACACACACAACACGCAAAGGCCCAGAGGUUUUGGGUUCAUAAUGUAUGAUUCGGAGGCACCGGUGGAUAGAGUCUUGGUGAGAACAUUUCGCGAGCUCAACGGUAAAAUGGUCGAGGUCAAGCGUGUCGUCCUGAAGGAGCUGUCCCCUAGGCUUGCACGGAGCCCGUCGAGCUACAGCCCAAACCGGGCAGGCGGGCUUUUCAUCUGUUACUGUCCAGGUUACAAUAGUUUGAAUGCAGCCGGUGGAUGCGGGAUGAGGAUGAAUGCCCGGUUUAACACUAUUGGUCGAUUCAACAACGAGUCCAGAAAUAAGUAUGCCCAACCACCCUUGCCUGUCUGGGAAGGGUUGGAAGAGGGUUCCUCCCCAAGGACCUAUGUAUUGGACAAUGGAAACGUUUCGAAAGGACUUGUUGAGACUCAGGAGAAUACAUCCGAGCAUUUUACGAGGUGCACGGUGGUCCUUGUCAUGGAGUCGGUGGCUGACGUGCUGGUCGAGAAGGUGAAGGCUCGGGUGGCGAAGCUAAACGUCAAACUCAAACCUCAUCUGUUGGAUCAGGAUUCGUUCGUUCAUUCCAAAAUUCUCGCACACGCUGUCGGCGAUAGAGGCGUGAGCAGCACCACCAAAAAUCCACCACCGCAGAGCCUCCUUCUCCUCUUCUCCCUCUCUCUGUUGUAUUUGGUCUCUCUCUUGGUUGCGAUUCGCCACUGCCACGCCAAUGCAAUGUCCUGGAUCUACAUUUUUACUAUUCAGGAGAUUAUGAGCCCCGUCACCCACACCGAGUACAUCUGUGUCGUUCCCAAGGCGACGGAGUACAACGUCUUCCGCCUCUGCAAAAUCAAUCGCUCGACGUCGCUGCAGGAGAUGGUCUACGACGUAAACUAUUUUUCCCGAGAUCAGUGA